AUGGUGGCAAAUUCUGCGGUUAUCAACGGUCUCAUCCAGAGACCGGAUGAAAGAAUCAUCAUAUUCAACCCCAGAAAUGGAAGGAAGAUCGCCGUGCACGAGACGGUCUCUGCUCUCGACGGAAGAGCCAGCGUCAAGGCGUCUCCUUCGGUUCUCGGAGCGGCGGGGCAAAAUACGGAGUGGAUAUCAUUGGAGUAUAGCUCUCCGAACCCGUCGAACGAUGACUGGAUCGGAGUAUUUUCUCCCGCGAAUUUCAGUGCUUCCACCUGUUCACCUGAAAAUCCGGAAGUUCUUCCACCUGUUCUAUGUUCCGCACCGAUCAAGUAUCAAUAUGCAAAUUACUCAAGCCCUGCAUAUGUAAGUACGGGAAAAGGGUUCCUAAAGCUUCAGUUGAUCAACCAGAGAUCAGAUUUUUCGUUCGCACUUUUUUCUGGUGGUAUAUUAAAUCCAAAACUGGUUGCAGUAUCAAAUACAAUCGCAUUUGCAAAUCCAAAGGCUCCAGUUUAUCCUCGCCUAGCUCAAGGAAAAGAAUGGAAUGAAAUGACUGUAACGUGGACAAGUGGAUAUGGAAUAGAUGAAGCAGAGCCAUUUGUUGAGUGGGCUUGUCAAGGUGGAGGAAAAAUGCGUUCUCCAGCUGGAACAUUGACUUUUGACCGUAGUAGCAUGUGUGGAGCACCUGCAAGGACAGUAGGAUGGCGUGAUCCGGGAUUCAUCCACACCAGUUUCUUGAAGGAAUUAUGGCCCAACACUGUGUAUUAUUACCGGUUGGGGCAUAAGCUAUUGAAUGGUAGUUACAUUUGGAGCCAGAAAUACCAGUUUAAAGCAUCUCCAUAUCCUGGUCAAAACAGCUUGCAGCGCGUUGUCAUUUUUGGGGACAUGGGAAAGGAGGAAGCAGAUGGCUCAAAUGAGUACAACAAUUUCCAGCCUGGCUCUCUUAAUACCACCUAUCAGCUUUCUAAGGACUUGAAGAACAUUGAUAUAGUCUUCCACAUUGGAGAUAUAUGCUAUGCAGAAGGAUAUAUUUCGCAGUGGGAUCAGUUUACAGCACAGGUUGAGCCGAUUACUUCACGCGUUCCUUACAUGAUUGCGAGUGGUAAUCAUGAACGAGAUUGGCCUGGAACUGGAUCCUUUUACGAAAAUACAGACUCCGGAGGUGAAUGUGGUGUCUUGGCUGAAACAAUGUUUUAUGUUCCUGCAGAGAAUAGGGCUAAGUUUUGGUACUCCACUGAUUAUGGCAUGUUCAGAUUCUGCAUUGCUGAUACAGAACAUGACUGGAGGGAGGGGACAGAGCAAUACAAGUUCAUCGAGAACUGUCUAGCAUCUGUUGAUAGGCAAAAACAACCAUGGCUGAUUUUCCUUGCACAUCGGGUAUUGGGUUAUUCUUCUGCUGACUUUUAUGCUGUGGAAGGAUCAUUUGAAGAACCAAUGGGCAGGGAGAGUCUUCAAAAACUUUGGCAGAAAUACAAGGUUGACAUUGCUGUCUAUGGCCACGUUCAUAAUUAUGAGAGGACUUGUCCUAUUUACCAGAAUAUCUGCACAAAUCAAGAGAAAAAUUACUACAAAGGAACUCUGAAUGGAACGAUACAUGUCGUGGCUGGCGGAGGAGGAGCAGGCCUUGCGGAGUUCACUACUCUCCAAACAAAAUGGAGCUUGUUCAAAGACUAUGAUUACGGAUUCGUAAAAUUAACUGCAUUUGAUCAUUCCAACCUAUUAUUUGAGUACAAGAAGAGCCGCGAUGGAAAAGUUUACGACUCCUUCAGAAUCAGUAGGGAUUAUAGAGACAUCUUGGCUUGCACAGUUGAUAGUUGUCCAAGCACGACAUUGGCAUCGUAACUCGGAAACAUAAGGCAGAUAGAGAGCCAAAUGGUCACCGGAGUUUGUCAUUCUUGUAUCAUGAAUUUUUGUACCGUGUGACUACUCCUCGGGUGCAAUUUCUGUAAGCAUCACAUAAGGCCUUAAUAUUUUUCUCUCUGACGUUAUUUCUCUAGGCUGUUGCAUCAUCUGUCUUGACAUAUCGACUCCGAAAUGAGUAGGAUAUAAGUCAGUCAUAUCCAAACGAUGACAUCUUGGCCCUAUUGACACGCUUGGUUGGACCUUCCCAUGUGCUGUCUCUUUUCAUGCAAUCCAUUUAUUCAUAUAA